AUGAUGAAAGAAUUGAAUUCAAAUAAAAUCCAAUAUUCUAUUGAUGGUCCCUUAUUCAUUAUCAAAUUGAAUUGUCCUCGAAGUUUAAAUGCAUUAGGUGGAAUUGAUUAUAUAUAUUUGGCCACGUUAUUAGAAAAAGCAGAAAAAACCCCUGAAAUUUAUUUUACAGUAUUACAAAGUACUGGAAGAUAUUUUUCUAGUGGAGCAGAUUUUGGUAGUAUCUCCAAGGCUAAUGAAUUAAAUGAGCCACCAUUGUUAUUAUGGUUGGAUAAUUUUUUAUCUCGAAAUACAUUUGUUACAGAUAAGUUUGCCAAACAUUCCAAGAUUCUUGUCUGUUGUUUAAAUGGGCCUGCAAUUGGAUUUUCUGCUGCAUUGGUAGCGUUGUGUGAUAUUGUUUAUUCAAUGAAUGAUAAAGUGUUUCUAUUAUGUCCCUUUGCUAAUUUAGGACUUGUCACUGAAGGUGGGACUUGUAUAACAUUACCAUUAAAAUUGGGUAAUAAUUUAGCUUUUGAAAAAUUAAUGUUUAGUGAACCAAUUACAUUUGAUGAUUUGAAAGGAAAGAUAAUUAACAAGAAUUAUAAUUUACAAGAUGUUAAUGAGUUUAAUAUGUGUGUUCUUAAAUAUUUGAAAGACAAAAUUGAGAAAUUAUAUUUACCAAGUUUAACAAAUAUGAAAAAUUUGAUUCAAAACACUACGGCACAACUUUUAAGUAGUGCGAAUUCUAAUGAAGUGAAUGAAGCUAUGAAAUAUUGGGUUGAUGGAGAACCACCAAGAAGGUUUGUUGAAUUGAAAUCUAAAAAGAGAACAAAUAAGAUGUGA